AUGAGCCAUCUUGAAACAAGCACAUUAGCUCGAUACAAUUCUUUGGCAGAUCCUUAUUUGCAAAGUUACUUUAGUAACGAACGUAUGCAAUCACACUUAAAACGUGCUGGACUAAUCUCCAAUCGAGGAGAAAUCCUUUCCGAUCCGGAAUAUCGAACAAGAUUGGCACAGCGUGAACAUCGAAGACAUGUUCGACAUAUGUUGGCAGAGAAUAUUGUUAGUCGAGCGAUUGACAUGGAACGAUCACGAAAUGCUGAAAUGAAACGUUAUUUCGAAACAAUGUCCAAAGCGGCGUUAGUGAAUAACAUCAAAGAAUCAAGAAGACGUGCUGGUGGAAAUCUAUCAGGUUAUAUGUCCAAUUCGAGUGACAUGGCUAUGUUAUCAGUAGAUUCAUCUUGGGCACAACCACGGCCCCGAAGUGCAAAUUAUCAAAGCGAUAAUGACGAGGAUUAUGAUCAUAUUCCACGUGUUCAAUCAGCUAGUAUGAAUGCCAAUCGUCGAACGAAGCCUUCAUCAAAAACUCGCAAACGUCGUCCUCAUUCGCUUCAACGGCCAAAAUCAGCACAACGACCAAGCAAAUACCCAGAUACAACAUCAAACUCACCUCCAUGUCAAAUCACCAUGGUCUACUACGGUCCACAUACAAAAGUUGAUUAUGAUCGAAUGGUUUUCUCUGAUGUCGAUGAAGUCAUGGUUAUGCAACAACAUUGCGGUGGAGAAAAUCUCAUUGUUUAUAAAGGUUAUUUAAAACCUGGAGCUGAAUUCACGUUCAAUUCGCGGCGUCGGUCAGACUAUCCAUUUGGUCUAUCAUUAUACGUCAAAGGUUUAAUCGAUAGUCGAAUAUCUACAUGUUGCGAAUACAAACAUCGACAUGGUGUUCGAUUAGGUGGUGAUCGAGGACAUUUCGCUAUUGUUUCAGUUGCUGGUUCAAAACCGUGUAUCAAAUGUCGGUUUGAGAAAGAAGCGCGUUUGAAGAAAUACGCCGAAUCACCCAAAGGAAAACAAGAUAAACCGUUAACAGUGUCAGUAUCUGUUUCAGAUGGACCAAAAAAUCAACAAACACCUGUUCACAUACCUGUCAGACACGCGUCAAUGUCGAAUGAUAGUUAUUCACAAGAUUUUGAUCGCGAUGAUCAAUCAAAGAAAGAUGGUUAUGGGACUGAUUCAAGUGUAGAAGCCAAGAAAAUCAGCAAGCGAUCGUCGAAAUCAACUGAUUCAACACCGAAGGUUGCUCCGCGAGCACCGCGAAUCUCCAAAAGACCGUCAUCAGAGAAAUCUGGUUCCACAUUCGAUAUCUCACCGGAAGAAAACUCGUCGAAAAAGACUUGGCAGAUCAUAUUUCAUCCAUCAAAUCUUCCAAAUGGCAGUUUCCAUCUCGGAUCCAAUGGUUCAUCGAAAAAGUUCUUCUUGAAAUUUUCGUUUAUUUUGGACAAUGAAGAUGAUGAAACUGAAAUGCAUGAACUUAAUAUGAAACCAUUGAUCGAAAAUUCCAAAUCGGCAAAACCAUACUCAAUGCCGGUAAAGCUUCAAAAUCAAGGAAAACCCGUACAAAUUUCACUAAAAAUGAUAACAACACAAGAUGAAGAUGACGAAGAUGAUGAUGAAGAGCAAGAUAUCAAAUGGCAUUUAGAUUAUAUUGAAGUAAUUGACCCUGAAACUCAAUCUCAUUAUAUAUUUCCAUGUAAAUCUUGGAUUGUUCCGUUCGAAGAAAAAUAUGUUCAGCUUUCUCGAAAACAAACGGAGGUGGUUCGUCCUUCUUCUGCACAAUCGAACAGUUCCCGAGCAUCUUCUAGAGCACAGCAAACGCGUCAGCCAAGCGCAAAAGCUCGACAACAACCAAAACUUUCUUCACGAUCAUCCACACCAACUAAUUCUCCAAAACCGCCAAAAGCUUCACGCAAACCGACACGAGCAAGUUCUUCAGAUGAAGAAAGUAAACUCUCAAAACCGAAACCAUCGACACGUGCAUCAUUAUCGCGACGUAUAUCAGCAGAUAAUGAAAGUGAUUGGUCAACUCCUAAGACUCCUCAAAAACCGAAAUCAUCGUCGCGUUCAUCAACACCAACUAAACCUGUUACAACGGCGAAAAAACCAAUGAUAUCUGAUCAAGAAAGCGAUCAAUCAACCCCAAGAGCCGAACAAAGACAAUCGCCAAUCAAGAAUGAUUCAACUCGUCAUUCUUCACCAGAAUCUACAGAAAUUCAAGUUUCGUACCGUGUUACAAUUCAUCCAUCGAAAGAUCCUGACGGAAAUUUCAUACCAGCUCCACGCAGUCGAAUGUUUGUACGUCUUAAUGAUCAUAAGAAAGAAACGAUUUUGACUACAGAUCAUGAUCAAUUAUGUCCAACAUUUGAAGCGGGUAUCCAACAGACAUUUGUUGUUGACCUUAAUCAGGAACAAGAUGAAUCUGUAAAGAAACUAACCAUUGGCUAUGUGAAUACAGACUCCGAUGCAGAACAAUGGAAAAUUGAAAAAAUUGUUUUAACCAACAUGAACACACGCAAAGAAUUUGUAUUUUUAUGCAAUCGUACCCUUCAACGAGAUAAUACGAAUUAUCGCGCAGAGAAAACAUUUGAAUUGCAAACAGAUCGCAAGCGUACACCAACACCAACUAAUCUCAGAAGCAAAUCUUCAAAUGAUUCUGAUGACAAAGAAACUCAAUCAAGAAAGCCUUCUCCACCAGUUCGUGAAAGUAAACCUGAACGAUCACAUUCAUUCGAAAGUAUGAAUGAUGAUGAUGCAAAUUACAAAACAAUAUUCAAAAAAUUAGACCCAGAAAAUAAAUACGAGUUAGGUUCACAACCACGUACACCUCCACCACGACCAAAAACCCGACGUGGCUCACAAAAUUCCAGCGAAAAACAUGAGAAACAACCAGUUUAUGUUCCUCCGAUGAAUUUUGAUGAGCUGACAAAUCGAUCGGGUCAAUCAAAUGAUCAAGACAAUCAGAAGUCUCAACCAACGACAACAAGUCAAAAUCGGCAACAUCAACAUCAACUAAUGUAUCCACCAGACAGCGAUGAUGAAGAAGAUGAACAACACUAA